CCACCACAGGUCUUUCCGCCUCCCCUGCUUGCUUGGGAGCUGGAAGCUGGAAGCUAGGGACUGGGAGCUGGGAGCUGGAUUAUGGUGGCCUGAGCAGCCAGCGCAGCCGCAGGAGCCCAGAGCCCCUGCCCGUCCCGCGCCCCCAGCCUCGCCAGGAGAGUCAAGACUGCAGCCGGCGCCACCCUGCCAUGCCCGCCCCUCCCAGCCCCCAGAAGGGCCCGAGCCCGCCGCCGAGGCUGCCCGUCGCCGUCCAGAUGUAGCCGGCCCCCGAAUCGCAGCUUCUGCCCUCCUCUCGUGCUCUGCGGAUUUCUCCUGCCAGCUCUCCACCGUCUGGACCCCAGGACUGGCUGAGGGGCCUGGAGGCUCUGGACUCCUGAUGCCGCCAAGCCCCCUCUCGUGAGAGAGGCCACACCACCCAGACUUUGGGACAGGCGACAGGGACGGACGUGGGCCCGAGCCAGCCCAGAAGGCCCGGGCCCACCAUGGCCCCGGCCCUGCCCUGGCUCCUGCUGUGGGUGGGCUCGGGAGUGCUGCCUGCCCACUGCACCCAGCACGGCAUCCGACUGCCCCUGCGCAGCGGCCUGGCAGGGGCCCCCCUGGGGCUGCGGCUGCCCCGGGAGACCGACGAGGAGCCCAGCAGGAAGGGCAGCUUUGUGGAGAUGGUGGACAACCUCAGGGGCAAGUCGGGCCAGGGCUACUAUGUGGAGAUGACCGUGGGCAGCCCCCCGCAGACGCUCAACAUCCUGGUGGACACAGGCAGCAGUAACUUUGCAGUUGGGGCCGCCCCCCACCCUUUCCUGCAUCGCUACUAUCAAAGGCAGCGAUCAAGCACAUACCGGGACCUCCGGAAGGGCGUGUAUGUGCCCUACACCCAGGGCAAGUGGGAGGGGGAGCUGGGCACUGACCUGGUGAGCAUUCCUCAUGGUCCCAACGUCACCGUGCGUGCGAACAUCGCUGCCAUCACUGAAUCCGACAAGUUCUUCAUCAAUGGCUCCAACUGGGAGGGCAUCCUGGGGCUGGCCUAUGCUGAGAUCGCCAGGCCUGAUGACUCGCUGGAGCCCUUCUUUGACUCUUUGGUGAAGCAGACACACGUUCCAAAUCUCUUCUCCCUGCAGCUCUGUGGUGCAGGCUUCCCCCUCAACCAGUCUGAGGCCGUGGCUUCUGUUGGAGGGAGCAUGAUCAUUGGGGGCAUCGACCACUCACUAUAUACAGGCAGCCUCUGGUAUACACCCAUCCGGCGGGAGUGGUAUUAUGAAGUGAUCAUUGUGCGGGUGGAGAUCAAUGGACAAGACCUGAAGAUGGACUGCAAGGAGUACAACUAUGACAAGAGCAUCGUGGACAGUGGCACCACCAACCUUCGUCUUCCCAAGAAAGUGUUUGAGGCUGCAGUCAAAUCCAUCAAGGCAGCCUCCUCGACAGAGAAGUUCCCGGACGGCUUCUGGCUAGGGGAGCAGCUGGUGUGCUGGCAAGCAGGCACCACGCCUUGGAACAUUUUCCCAGUCAUCUCACUCUACCUCAUGGGUGAGGUCACCAAUCAGUCCUUCCGCAUCACCAUCCUUCCACAGCAAUACCUGCGGCCUGUGGAAGACGUGGCCACAUCCCAAGAUGACUGUUACAAGUUUGCCAUCUCGCAGUCAUCUACUGGCACAGUUAUGGGGGCUGUUAUCAUGGAAGGCUUCUACGUCGUCUUUGAUCGGGCCCGAAAACGAAUUGGCUUUGCUGUCAGCGCCUGCCACGUGCAUGAUGAGUUCAGGACAGCAGCAGUGGAAGGCCCUUUUGUCACCCCGGACAUGGAAGACUGUGGCUACAACAUUCCACAGACAGAUGAAUCAACCCUCAUGACCAUAGCCUAUGUCAUGGCUGCCAUCUGCGCCCUCUUCAUGUUGCCACUCUGCCUUAUGGUAUGUCAGUGGCGCUGCCUCCGCUGCCUCCGCCAUCAACACGAUGACUUUGCUGAUGACAUCUCCCUGCUGAAGUGAAGAGGACCAUGGGUGGAAGACAGAGAUUCCUCUGGACCACAUCUGGGUGGUUCCCUUUGGUCCCAAGUUGGAGACACAGAUGGUACCUGAAGCCAGAGCACCUCAGGACCCUUACCCACCCACCAAUGCCUCUGCCUUGACAGAAAAGAAGGAAAAGCCGACAAGGUGGGUCACAGGGAUUGCACCUGUAGGAAACAGGAGAGGGAAGAAAGAAGCACUCUGGUGGCAAGAAUACUCUUGGUCACCUCAAACUUGAGCUGGGAGAUUCUGCUUGAACCUUCAGCCCUGAAUCUCUGCCCACCAUCCAUUUAAAUUCUCUAACCCAAAGUAUGCUUUCCUCACUUUCAGAAGCUCUGGCCAUCACACCCAGGCUACCCCAGCGUGUCUCUGCAGUACCCUGGCAAAGAGCCAACCUCGUGUCCCUGCUGGCCCAAGUCAGCAGGAGAAGAUACAUAAUUUUAUAUUUGCUUUAGAGGCAGGGACUAGGGUGAGCAAGCCUAACACUGGUGCAAAGACUGCCUCUUGAGUUAAACAAAACAAUUAGAA